AUGGCGACGGUGUACAGCCCCGCGCCUAUGAAUGAUGGUAAGGCGGAACGAGCCCAGUUCCCAUCAAUUCUGGGGCGGCCCAAUCCCAAAUCGCAAGCUUCUGGACCUCGAAUGUCUCUAUCGGAAGGAGAGCUUCUGCUACUCUGGGAGCGAGUCCUGCCCCUUUCCAUGGUCUCCGUGCUUCCACUCGAUCCCGACUCUGACUUCUUCAUGCACGGUGGCAAUUCGAUCCUCCUCAUGAACCUGCAGGGCGCAAUCAAGCAAGGCAUGGGUGUUACUCUGGCAACCAACAAGCUCUACCAAGCUAGCACAAUACGACAAAUGGCCUCCUUGAUAGCCGCACAGGCAAAUGAACAGUUGCCAGAGCUGAACCAAAUUGAUUGGAGGCCGAAACUAUCAUUUCGGAAAUCCUGGUCAAGGAAGCGCCGCGAGGGCGUGGCGCAUGAAGUCCUUCUACUCAGAGCUUUUGGUUUCCUCGGCAGUGCUAUCUUACAAGCCCUAGAGCGAGACCCGAGUGUGAAGACUAUCCACUGCAUUGCCGUCCGGAUCAGACACAUGGAGCGACAUUCGCAGACCCGCAAGGUGGUCUGCUAUGCUGGCAACCUAGUGGAGUCCUCACUAGGUCUGGCAGAGGGCGAAAGCGAGCGGUUACGAUCAUCAUCGACGCAGUUUCUGACCGAGCCGGCUCUAUCGCGAGCGAUUCCGGUGUUUCGCCUCCUCGAACCGUUUGAGUCUGUUGUCCGGCCACACUGCAACUCCGGCCACCUCUGUAUCGGCUCAUCCACCCCGGACGGACGGGUCAGAAGGCUACACCGCUACGAGUUAGGCCAGCGAGUGUUUCCUCGAGAAAGUGUCUCACCAGACGGGCCUGCCGGUCUUUGUGUGCAUCGGCCGUGCGCUCUCAAGGGCGAUCGGGCCGCGAGUGUAGAUGCGCUGAAUGCCGUAGUACGCUACUCGCUCCUGGCACGCUUGGUGCCGCUCUUCGACAAUUCUGAGGGAUUCUUGGGCUUUCGCGAUGUGCAUGAACCCUCGGACCGGGCGGCCGAAGAAGAUGUCCAGACGAUCUCGUUCGUUCAUCAGUCUAGUGGAGUGAAAGUGCCCGUCUACCAGUUCCGCCAACAUUUGGAGCGCCUGUAUGGUGAGGAGUUCCAGGACGUCAGUGUCCUAGAAUGGAUUGAGAGGGCUCGGGCAGCUGGGCAUCUGCCCUUGAUUACUACCUAUCUCAAGGCUAUGGUGGACAAAGGAGCAACCAUUCAGUUUCCCUAG